AUGCAAUUCACCAAAUGGAGCAUGUCCGCUUUGGCUACUAUGUUAGCCGCUGUCAGUGUUGUCACCGCCAACUCUGAGGCCGCUAUCGCCGAUCCAGACUCUGCCGUGGUCAAGUUGACCGCCGAGACAUUCGAGUCUUUCAUCGCCGAAAACCCUUUGGUGCUUGCUGAAUUCUUUGCCCCAUGGUGUGGUCACUGUAAGACCUUGGGUCCAAACUUUGCCGCCGCCGCUGACGAGUUGGUCAACAAGCCUGCCAAGUUGGCACAGAUCGACUGUACCGAGGAAGCCGAGUUGUGUCAGCAGCACGAAAUCAGAGGCUACCCAACCUUAUUGGUGUUCAAGGGUGAUGCCACCUCCUCCUCCCCAUACCAGGGCGGGAGAACCGCCAGCGACAUUGUCCUGGCCAUGACCAAGUUGUCCCAGCCAGCUGUCAGCAUCAUCAAGUCCGAUGAUGUCGAAGACUUUAUCGCCGACAAUACUGGCGCCGUCGUCCUCCAGGUCGGUGCCAACACCAAACCAAACAACGCAUCCUUCUACGAGAUUGCCGAUACCUUGAGAGAUGACUUCACUUUUGCCACCGUCCCAACCUAUGGCAAGCACGCCAAGGGGACUGUGUUGGUCUUCCGUCAAGGUGACGAGGAACCAUCGGUCUUCAAGGCCCAGAAGAAGCUUGACGCUGAUGCGUUGAAGGAGUUUGUCAAGGUUGAGUCCAAGCCAUUCUUCGGCGAGUUGGAAGCCGCCUCCUUCCAAGCCUACGUUGACGCCGGUGUUCCUCUCGGUGUUUACUUCUACGAGGCUCCAGAACAAAGAGAUGCUGCUGAGAAGCUCUUCACUGAGUUGGGUAAGGAAUACCGCUCCAAGGUCUCUUUUGUUGGUUUGGACGCUGCCCAGUAUGGUAAACACGCCGAGAGCUUGAACGCCAAGCAGGAGUUCCCAUUGUUUGUCAUCCACGAAGUGGAGGCCGAUCUCAAGUACAUCUUCCCACAGUCUGAGGAGUUAACCGAAGCCGAAAUAACCAAGUUUGUCGCCGAGUACGCCAAGGGUUCUAUCGAACCAACCAUCAAGUCUGAGGACAUUCCAGAGGUCCAGGAGGCUGCUGUUGUCAGAUUGGUCGGUAAGACCCACAAUGAUAUCAUCAAUGACGAAACCAAGGAUGUGUUGGUCAAGUACUACGCCCCAUGGUGUGGUCACUGUAAGACCUUGGCUCCUAUCUAUGAAGAGUUGGCUGAGGCCUACGUUUCUGAUCCAGACUCUAACAGCAAGGUGACCAUUGCUAACUUGGACCACACUCUCAACGACGUGCCGGGUCUCCUGCUCAAGGGCUACCCAACCUUGAUCUUGUACCCAGCUGGUGACAAGGCCAACCCGGUCACCUUUGGAGGCCAAAGAUCCUUCGAGGAGUUGUCCAAGUUCAUCAAGGAGAACGGUUCUAACGGCGUUGACGCUGAGGCCAUC